CAAAAAAGAACGAGCAGGACGGGAACAACUUCGAGCUACUUCAAGCUGCUCAUUGGACAGCACUAAUAAGUCACUCUUUUCUGUGCGUGAUUGUCACCUUCGCAUGAAGAUUGUGCCGCUGCUGAUCAAAUCUAGUAAAAAUUGCUAAAAUACGCAGAAGUCGACUGAAGAUUGAGCGCGUUGUCAGCUAAUAGUCAGGUCUGCUGCACAAGCUCCAAACAAAAAACAAACAUGUCGGUCGCCUACUCUCAGCAGCAGCAAUCUCAACAGCCCCCGAAUCCGGGGAACCGAGGUGGACCCGGAGGUCCGAUGAAUCGGGGCCAGGGCCCUCCGCCUAGUCCGAUGCACAUCCAGAAAAUAUUGGAUGAAAACGCCGGAUUGAUCCAAACUAUUCAGGACUUCCAAAAUAUGGGCAAAGCGCACGAGUGUAUGUCCUAUCACGUUGCAUUGCACCGGAAUCUGGUGUACUUGGCCAAUCUGGCGGAUCCGCAGCAUAACAUUCAAGCUUUGUUGCCGCCUCCCCAUGUAUUGCAACACGGUAGUGGUCCUCCAAUGCAUGGAGUUCCUCCUAGUGGUGCGGCCCCAGGGCCAAUGCCAGGUCACGAAGGCGAUCCAACUCAUGGCCCACAGGCCCAAACACCGGGACCGAACCAAUCAGCUGCUCCGGGUGGCGCGCUUCCAGUUGGAGCCGAACAACCGCCGACAGUUCAACCAGGUGUUCAGCCACCACCUCAACCACCCACUAGCCAAGCUCAUCCUCCUCCACCGAAUCAGCAACCAGGCUAUCGUGGAGGUCCUCAAGCGCCUCCACCAACAUCUUCCGCAGGACAAACUGCCGCCAAUCAGGGGCCACCGGCUCCCGGACAACCUGGAAGACCAGGCGUUCCACCGCAGCAACCACCCAUACCACAACAAAACCAAGGUUAUCCUCCUCAGCGCGGUCCCUAUCAACAGCAUGGCCACUAUCCCGGUUAUCCUCCACCGAAUCAACCAUACCAAGGCCAACCAGGCUAUCCACCAUAUGGACCACCCAAUCCUGCUCAAGGCUAUCCUCCUAAUGCUCCCCAAUCAUAUCAUCAUGGUGGAAUGCCUCCAACAACUUCUGGUUCGGCACCUCCACAAGGAUCUCCGUAUCCUACCGCAGGACCUCCACAGGGGCCACAAGGUGGGCCACAACAAGGAAACUACCAACAAGGGCCGCCCAAUUCUCCAGCAUCACAACCGCAAAUGUAUGGACCGCCCGGACAGUAUCCACCACAGCCUGCUGGAGGACCACCGAUGCCACAUGCUUACCCCGGUUAUGGAAGCCCAAAUCCUCCGAAUGCUUAUGGACAGCCACCGUCAGGGUAUGCACCGGCUGGUGGUCAACCAAGCUAUCCUCCGCCACAACAAUAUCCUUCCAGCUAUCCAUCAAGCCAACCUGUUCCUCAUGGUCCUCCAACGACGAGCGCCCCAAGUCAACCAACUUCGGCAAGCGCUCCUUCAACCCAGACGAGCGGCGCACCAACUUACACCAAUCAAUCAAGUCCAGCACCUGGUCAGACCUCUUCGCCCAGUCCGAGCUCGAACGCCCCUCCUGCCAGCGUUUCGCACGCCUCAAUGCCACCAACCACUUCCACAGGUUAUGCAACGGCAGCUCCAGGAGCCCCUGGUCCCGUACCUCCCCAAGCAUACACAUCUCCUCCGGCGGCAGCUGGCCAACAUCCCCCACAAAGCAGCUAUCCUCAACCACAGGCUCCCGGUCAACAGCCGCCGGGCCCGCCACAGUCCUACAGCGCCACGCCACCAUCCACUCAGCACCAACAACCACCAGGCAGUUAUCCCCAAGCAGCUCCAGGAGGGCCCCAAGGACAAGGACCACCCCCAGGCCCGGCUCCGUAUCCUCCCCAUGGCUACCAUCAGCAAGGUUACUCUCCGAUUCCUCCACCCCAGGGUCAAUACCAACAAGCGGCCCAAGGUUAUCAGUAUCAGCGUCCGCCAGGUGGUCAAAUGCCUCCUCCAGGGCCACAGGGCCCUCCGCCCCAGGGAGCCUAUGGCUACGGUUAUGGACAACCACCGCAGUAGAAAGCCGGCAGAUAAUCGCUAAGAGAAUCUCAGCUCUGCAGAAGACUAAAUUUUACGCAACGAACAACGCAGUGCGGCAUUCGACAGGAUACGAACGGGGAUAAUAAGUUCGAUUCUCUGGAUAAAGAUAGGGAACGUUUACUUUUAAUGAGUUUUAUCAUGUUUUUUUUUUUAUUCUUUACAAGGACAACGUUGAGCGGAAAUCUCCAAAACUUCGACCAUAAUGUAAGAGUUUUAGCACAGACAAACAGACAUAACACGUAGAACAUUCAACGAUGACAAAACGACCUCUGUUGUUAACGUCGACUUACACCCUCAUUUUGAUUUUACUCACCAGUGAUUUAAAUUGUAUUGCUGACUCUUUUUUCCCACGGAAAAUUUUACUUUUCAUUAAAAGUGGAACUACUAAAAUUUUGAGUAGUUUCACAUUCAAUAAAAAAGUGAGUAAAACUUCGGUGCUAAAAAAGAAACGGCAAUUCAAUUUUAUUCACUAUUGGGUAAUAAAAUAUGAGGAUGCAAGCGAAACACGAACCAUGUGGCAUGGCGGAAGAGGGCGGUAGUAAGCAAACAUGAAACCCGAGCAAAAUUGAGGCGCGCUACGAAUGGUUACUUGAUCACAACGAACCACUAUUCGAGUCGACCAGUAGAUCGGUGAACGAUGAAAUAUUUUAUGAGUGCUAUAUUGUUAUGUCUGUUUGUAUGUGCUAUUAGGUAAACAAGUUUCACCUAUCCAUUAUUCCAUGUAAGUGCGUAUGAUCGUAUAAGAAUAUAAAGUGUAAUGUUGGAAUAUAAUAUAGUUAAACAUUGUGUAUGGAACAAAAAUGUAUUUUGAGAAUCAAAUAAAGGCAGUUGAAAAACUGGA